AUGGAGCAGCGAGGUGCCAGCGCCAAAGCGACAGUGCCGGAACGACACUUUUCCUCUGACGCGCUCACCCUGCUCAUUGCUGGGGCGGAGGCUGCUGCAGCAGUGGUGCUGGCGCGUGAGGCAGCCACGAAGCGAGUGGAGGCCAUGCAACGUGACAUUGAAGAAGCCACCGCGCGCAAGGCCAACAUUGUCUGGGACUCAGAUUGGAACAAGCGAAACACCGUGUUUUAA